GGGAAGGAGGGGGGAGGGGCUUCUGCUCCUCCCCUCGAGGGGCGGGGCGGGGCGGCUGGCGCAUGCGCGGGGCGGGGCCAGCGCCGUGCGGGCGCGCGGCCGAAGCACCUGAGGCAGGAUGAAGGAGUGGUGGGUGCAGGUGGGGCUGCUGCUCGUCCCCCUCCUCGCCAUCUACCUGCACAUCCCACCCCCCAAGCUGUCCCCAGCUCUCCUCUCCUGGAGAUCCUCCGGCCGCUACUUCACCUACAAGGACCAGAACAUCUUCUACAGAGAUUCGACCGGUGCCGUUGGCAGCUCGGACAUCAUCAUCCUCCUGCAUGGCUUCCCAACCUCCAGCUACGACUGGUGCAAGAUCUGGGAAGGGCUGACCCAGCGGUUUCACCGGGUGAUUGCUCUGGAUUUUGUCGGGUUUGGUUUCAGUGACAAGCCUAGGCCCCAUCGCUACUCCAUCUUCGAGCAAGCCAGCAUCGUGGAGAGGCUGGUGCGUCACCUUGGCCUCCGUCGGCAGAGGAUUAACCUCCUGUCCCACGAUUACGGGGACACGGUCGCGCAGGAGCUGCUCCACAGGUAUGAACACAAUAAAACUGGAAGCAUCUUGAUCAACAGCCUCUGUUUAUCCAACGGAGGGAUCUUCCCCGAAACGCACUACCCCCGCUUCAUCCAGAAGCUCCUCAAGGAUGGAGGUUUGCUGUCUCCCGUCAUCAUGCGGCUGAUGAACUUCUUUUUCUUCUCCAGAGGGCUUGGAGCAGUUUUUGGGCCGUACACGCAGCCUUCGCAGGCAGAGUACUGGGAUAUGUGGACAGCGGUGCGGACUAACGAUGGCAACCUCGUUGUGGACAGUAUUUUGCAGUAUAUAAACCAGAGGAAGAAGCACAGAGAGCGCUGGGUUGGGGCUUUGAUGUCCACCUCUGUGCCACUGCAUCUCAUCUAUGGGCCCCUGGACCCUGUGAAUCCACAUCCAGAGUUUCUUCAGCUUUACAAGAAGGUGCUUCCCACGUCCACAGUGUCGGUGCUGGACGAUCACAUCAGCCACUAUCCACAGCUGGAGGAUCCCAUGGGCUUCCUGAACGCUUAUCUGAACUUCAUCAACUCCUUCUGAGCUGCUGCAGCUCAGUUCUCGCUCUCUGUUUAUGAGUCAGGCUUUGGUGGCAGGAAAAACCUUGUUUGUUUCUUUUUUUAAGUCUCCAAAUCCAACACUUUGCACUAACGCCCUAAUCUUUGGCUGCCAAACUGCUGCAUUUAUGCAGUUAAAUCCUUUAAGCCCCAGAAAAAGAUGAGUCUGCAGGGAAUCACAGACAAAACUGGCAACCUAAGUACAGUUACAGCAUGGUGAUGGCCUGUGCUCACCUUGCUAAGUCUGGCCUACCUCUGUAUUUAGGGCCAGGGAGGCUCCAGGGAGAACAGGUAGACAGGACCGCUAGAAGAACAUGGGUUGACACACAUAUUCCCAAAACGGAUAUUGGUCUUUGGAGUGGAUAUUGGUUUUUUGAGUUGCUGCACAAGCAGUUUAAAUUCUAUCCUUACACUAAAUACAGCAGGAGAGCUGGAUCUGGAAUCCCCCAAAGUAAAGGCAAUGAUGCUUUUAGGCACCAUAAUUGUUCUUGGAAAUCUCUUUUUAAUGACCAGUUACCCAAAAGGAAGCUCUAAAGCUCCAUUUUUUUUACAGUUCGACAAGCAGAGCCACUCACUGACACUACACCCUUGGGACUGGCUCAGAGCUUUCCUGAAGCUCAGCUUAACACUCGGUUCUACCAAAGCAGGCUUGGGCCUGUUUUACUAAAACAAGCUGAAUAUGCAAUACUGGCACUAGGAAAAGCCAAGGUGCUCUGAGCAUUAGCUGUUCCAGCCGCAGGGAUUGGGACACAUCUUUAAAUUAGCAUUGAAGUAAUAUUCCUUCCUUGCUCACCCUGACUUGAUGACUAAAGAAAACACCAGUUUAUCAGCACAGAGAUGCAGAAAUUCCCUGACACAAAAAUGACCGCGAGGUCCCUCCUUCCCGACUUUUUAUACAGGAUAUUACACAUUUUUGAGCCCAGAAGAGGCUGCACUGUUGUUUGGUAUUAGCUGACAUAAGGCUCAGAGAAUUGAAUAUGCCUCUCUCUUUGUACACUGAUUAUUUUCUGUGUGGAACAGAGGAGAUAAUCAUCAAGAAAUGGUAAAUGUACAGGUUUUGUGUGUUUUUGGACUACUUGGGUUUGAAAUUUAAUAGCAUCCCUUUAGGAAUAAGGGGAUUCUGCUGAGUAAACAGCCAUUAUGGGCUACUUUUUCUGUACUGACGAAAACAGAAUUAGAACAAGAAAUGUCUAUUUUAUUAACAGUAGUUCAUAUGAAUUCAAUCACUUGGACCAGUGUUUAUUUUCUGUUAAUAAAAAUCAGGUUGGACAAAA